AUGGCCGAUUCCAUCUCAGAAAUGCAAUCAGGAAGAAAAAUAGAAGGUGAUUUAGAUGAUUUAAUCCAGCACUUGCAGAUAAGGGAGGAUGAGGACCAAGGAAUAGUGCUGGAAGAGGACCUGGAGGAACUGAAAGCUGAGGCGCGAUGGACGGCCUUAGCGAAGGUGAUGGAUGAGGGUCCAUGGAUUUUUAGAGGGCAUGUUAUCCUUCUGGAAGAAUAUGAUGGAAUUACUAAGCCCUCCAAGGUGAAAUUUAAGAACUUAAAUGUAUGGGUUCGUAUCUAUGACUUGCCUACAGGGUUCAGGACUAAGAAUAUAGGACGCCAAUUAGGGAACAAAAUUGGUCAUUUCCUGAAAGUAGAUUUAGAUGAAGAUAUUUCUGGGCGAAGGGACUAUUUGCACAUCAGAGUAAAGUUAGAUCUGGAUAAACCUUUGACCAGGGUUGUGUACAUUUCAGUUAGAAAUGGUAAUCGAGAAGCUUUUUGUGUUAAGUAUGAGAAACUUCCAAAGUUUUGUGCUGUGUGUGAUUUUGAGUGUGGUGAUGGUAUGCAUGACAAGAAGAAUUUUCAAUAUGGGGAUUGGUUGAUUGCUAGUCCUGAGAACAAAGGGAAAAUGAAAGGUAGUAAAUCUGCUGGCUCGACAGAUACAAAAGGAUCUGAUUCUAGAGAGCCGGGCAAAUUUUCUUUCCAAAAAAGAAAUUCAGAGCCUAAAAGUGGAGGUAGCAGCCAGAGAGAUUCUAGUGGUGAUGAGGCUGAACUAAGAGAUGAUGUAAGAAGUCCUUUGAAGGGAGAUGUUGAAGAUUAG